AAGUGGGUUUACACACGGUCUCCUUCCGUGUUUACCUGACGCUCCAAAGAGUUUCUCAACAGGCGGUUUACGAAUAAACAAACUAGCUAACAACAAAAGUGUUUUUCGACUCCCGAAUAACUUAUUAAUAGAAAACGUAAACAAGAACUGAAAAGUUGUGACUAAGACACUCAAAGUUUAGUUUUUUUUGCUAGUCGUCUCCUAACAAACCUACAAUGGGAUGUUGUAGCAGCGCAGAGGGUAAACGGGACUGGAAACCGCUGGAGGAGCACAGCUGCACGGAUAUACCAUGGCUCAUCAUAUUUACACUGUUUUGUAUUGGCAUGGCCUUUAUUUGUGGCUUUGCCAUCGCCACAGGAGGUUCCUCCCGUCUUGUCUCUGGAUAUGAUAGUUAUGGCAACACCUGUGGCCGGAAUAACACAGACAAGAAGAUUGACGGAGUACCUUUCAGUGGCGCUGACAUGACGGAGAAGAAAUAUGUUUUCUUUUUAGAGCCUUGCAACCUUGACCUCAUCAAUAGAAAAAUAAAGUCCAUUGCCUUGUGUGUCUUCAAAUGUCCAGCCACAGAACUGACGACAUACAAAGAGGUGAAAGAUUUUGCACUCAGUAAUGGGUCUCAUCUCUGCUCCUAUGAUAUUACUCCAACAAGAUAUGAAAGUAGCUCUGACAGACACACUAAAUGUCCAAAACUUCCUGUUCCAGCAAGUAAAGCUGCCCCCAUCUUCCACCGCUGUAUCCCGACGGACAUUGGCUGCUAUGCUGAAUUCGCCCAGGCUUUCAUGACGUUUGUCAGUGACAACACUGUGCUGCGGCGUGUCGUUGCUGGAGUGUUGACCAGCAAGGAAAUCAUCAUGGGUCUUUGUGUUCUGGCUUUAGUUCUGUCCCUGAUCAUGAUGGUUAUUAUUCGUUACAUCUCCAAACUGCUGGUUUAUAUCCUUACAGUUCUGGUAAUCGUCGGCUCUGUAGGUGGAUCGGGUAUCCUCUGGUGGCUGUACGCAGACCACAGAUUUGCCCUCAGUAGUAAUGGCACAACUGUAUUUGGGAAAGAAGUGGCGGCAGACAAUGGCAAAGCCUUGCUUGUUUAUGCGAUUGGUGCUACUAUUUUCACAGUAGUGCUUCUGCUGGUGAUGUUUUUCAUGAGGAAGCGUGUGGCUCUUACCAUCUCCCUCUUCCAUGUGGCUGGUAAAGUGUUCAUCCACCUCCCCUUGCUGGUCCUGCAGCCCUUCUGGACAUUCCUCAGCCUCAUGUUCUUCUGGGUUUACUGGAUAGCUGUGCUUCUCUUCCUCGGGACAACAGGUUCACCCAUAGUGAACGACUCCACAGGCGUGGUUGAAUAUGAAAUGCAGGGGCCUCUUCAGUACAUGGUGUGGUAUCAUCUUGUCGGUCUCAUCUGGAUCAGUGAGUUUAUCCUUGCUUUCCAGCAGAUGACCAUUGCUGGAGCUGUGAUCACUUAUUAUUUCACAAGGAACAAGUCCCAGAUGCCAGCAACUCCAGUAAUUAACUCCAUGUUUCGUACCAUCCGCUACCACCUGGGCACUCUGGCAAAGGGAUCCUUCAUCAUCACGCUUGUUAAGAUCCCUCGUCUCAUCCUGACGUACAUCCACAACCAGCUCAAAGGAAAGGAAAAUGCCUGCGCUCGUUGCAUGUUGAAAGCCUGCGUCUGUUGUCUGUGGUGUCUUGAAAAAUGUUUAGCGUACCUAAAUCAGAAUGCUUAUACUGCGACGGCCAUCAACAGCACCAACUUCUGCACUUCAGCUCGUGAGGCUCUGCUUAUCUUGGUGGAGAACGCUCUCCGAGUGGCAGCCAUUAACACAGUGGGCGACUUUGUCCUCUUUAUGGGAAAGGUUCUGAUAGUCUCCUGCACAGCUUUUGCAGGCAUCUUGGCUCUGAAUUACCAGCGGGACUACACCGUCUGGGUGUUACCCCUCCUCAUCGCCUGUCUGUUCGCCUUCCUCGUGGCCCACUGCUUCCUCUCUGUGUUUGAGAAUGUGGUUGACGUCCUCUUCCUCUGCUUCGCUGUGGACUCAAAGUACAACGACGGCAGCCCCGGACGAGAGUACUACAUGGACAAGACCUUGAUGGAGUUUGUUGAGAAUAGUAAAAAAAUGGGUCAAUACAACCCGCAAGAGGGAGAUGGACGGGAAAUGAAGCCCAUGACACGUGGAGGGGCUUCAGCUUGACCCAUGUCAUAAAAACUGCUAAAAACGUUUCUGAAAUGCACACAGCUCUGAACAAACCCUGGACGUAACCAGCAUCAAAUACAGAAGCAACAGCAACAUUUACACUGCAUUUUGUACAGAAGUUCUGAAAUGUUACAGCUUAAAGAUUUUACUGAAUUCCACAUUUGUGAAGAGAGGGUUUUUUUAUGUAAUAUUGAAAACUAAUAGAAAAAGACCUCACCAGCUUUAAGUUUGGUUUAGUUGUUGGUUUAAUUUUCCUUUGCUGCCUAAGGUUUGCUUUUAUUGCGUUUUUUUUUUUUUUUUUUAAACAUGCAAUUUAGUCAUUUUUAACUCAUUUGUUUGUUCUAGGGUUAGUUCUAGUUUUUACAUUUUAAGGUGAACAGAUGUUUUGUUCUACCGGUGCCUAACAAUGCAUUAGAUCUGUUGUUUUUGUUUUCAUAAUAAAUCUUUUUAAUAUUAAAAA